UCGAGGGCGACUCCUCUUUGGCGCCGGUAGCGACUGCAAAGACGUCCGUAUUCGACGACGGUCCGCGAGCGAGUGACCGCGGGGAUGCGGGUCGCUUCCCGCAUAAGCGGCACCCGCGAAGUGCGCCCCUCGCGGCCGGUCCGCGAACUGCUACUUUGCGAAUCUGCGAAUUUGCGAAUACGCGAGACCGCGAGAGUGUCGUGAUCCUUGGUGAAUCUUGAAAGUGCGAGGUUUGCGCCGAAUCGAGACGCUUCUGGACCGGUGCUCCGUCUCUCCGCCAAGAGAACGUAAAGAACACUCAAGAAGGAUUUAUAUAUAUAUUUAUUUAUUUGUUUAUAUAUACGCGAGUGUGCAUACAUCUUCGACGCAAAGAGGAUCGUCUCCGACAGGGAUUGCCGGAAAUCUCGAGGUCGUCGACUCGUGGAUCAGGAAGGACCUCCCUAAGGGAAGUCGCAAAUCCACUGGGAAUUAUCUCCCGGGAGUCCUGGCUCGUGUUUCCUGAUUUAUCAUCUCUUUUUCCGCCCCCUACCCCCGGACGCGAAAAGUUCCUGGGGCGCAAAUUAAGCGGCGAAAUUAGCCGGUGCCCCUCGAAAUUGGAGACGAUUAAGCUCCUUCACCUGGCCUCGCGGGUUUCUCCGCGUGCGGAAAUCUCAGUUUCUCUCUCUCUCUCCCCUUCUCUUUUUUCCGUCCAUCGUGCGAGGACUCGGAAUUUAAAUUCCUUCGGCGAAGCCGCCGAGGCAUUCCUCUCGGCUCUUUAUGAUUUAAGGCGGAAAAAAGCAUCGAAAGUAAGAAGCCGAAAUAAAGGGCCCGGAAAGAAGGGGAAAGGAGACGGCGUAAGUGUUCUCGCUGCGUUAAAUAGACAUUAAGAGGGAGUGACGAGGAAGGACUCCUCUUCUCGCUCUUCCAUGAAGAACGUCCCGAAGAGGCGCGAGGAGGCGCUUGACGGUGCAAAAAGUCGGCUCGUUUGGCAAUCAAAAGAUUUCGGAGUCGCUCCCGGACGCGUCCGGCUUAAUAACGAGCACAUGUCGAGAGAGGUGCCGCCACUCUGAGGGGUCCAAAAAGAAAAGUCGAAGGAAGAAGACAGGGGUCCCUCGGGACGUCUUCGAAAUUCCCGCCGAUAGGGUCCCAUGGGAGCCUCGGACUGCCAAAUUCUUUUCCUCUGUCCUAUACAAUAAAUAUUGGGAACGAGUUCCACGCAGUGACCGAAAGAACAGCGAAAACUGUCAUAAAAAAAUAAGGUGCCCCCGACAAAAAGUCACCAACCGUGCAUUCCAAAAAAGAGUCAGGACAUUUUCCUUCAGCGUGGUGAAUUUCCCCCCCUGAACACAUUUCGAGUCCUGGACCGUGGAAGAAAUCUGGCGCCUCCGACAAAAACUCCCCAGUUAAAUCAAACGCACCAUAGAAAAAGCGUCGGACAUCUUUCGUCCAGAGGGGUGAAUUUCUCCCCUGAACAAAUUUCCAUUACUGGACCGUGGAGAAAAAUCAGGCGUCUUCGAAAAAGUCCUUGGUCGACCCAGGCGGACCUCAAAAAUCGCCAGGACAUCUUCCUUUCAGCAUGGUGAAUCUCCACCUUGAAUAAAUUUCGACUCCUGAACCGUGGAAUCUCGGUGGAGGAGAAAAGUUAAAGCGCCCCUAGGUCCCGAAUACCGAAAUCGGGGACAAGAAGUGAAGGGGUCCCCUUUCGAUAAUAAAUAUUUUUCCUGGCUAGAGUUACAGGCGGGCUCGAAUUUCCUUCUCUUUGCGAGUUGAGAUGAGAAGUGACAGGUGAAGUACAGGGAAUAAAAAGUGGAUAUAGGAGGACAGGGUCCUGAACGGCGUCUCGUUCUUCGAGGUCCGAUGACUAGAUGACGGGACUUCUGGGUCGUCAUCGGAGAAUGUCUCGUGUCCGGGGAAGGAUUCUCCGUUUCCGGAUGCAAGAGUCGAGACGCGGAGCUUCCGGUCGACGCCGAUAGCGGUCGAGGAGAUCGCGAGGUGAAAAUCGCCCCGACGACCCUGAAGGGAACCUCGAAGAGCUCGAAAGAGCAAGUCGGGAAGUGCUGCUCCUCCAGGCGUUGCUGUUUGGAGUCUCUCCUUCUCUUCCUCUCUCUCUUCGACAAACCAAAGAGGGGAGAGCCGGAAGCGAUGCCGCGCACGUGGGAGCUGGCGUUGCUGCCGAGUUUGCUGACGUUGCUGGUGCAUGCUGCCAGCGGCGAAGGCUCCGCCGAGUUUAGGAGCAGAGCUGUUCCGGUCAAGCUCGUCUGGGCCGCGGAGGGCGACGACGUCGAGCUGCCAUGCGACGUGACGCCUCCGACGCCCAACGACUCCGUCAGCAUGGUGCUUUGGUUCAAGGAUUCCGCCGGAAUUCCGCUUUACAGCCUGGACGCAAGGGGCGGCGAGCUGAAGAACGCCAUGCACUGGACCAUAAGCGACGACCUGGGCCGUAGGUCGUACUUCCAAGUGGCGGAUGGUCAUCGUUCCAGGCUGAAAGUGAACAACGUUAGUUUCUCCGACCAGGGCAUGUUCCGAUGUCGAGUGGACUUUAUCAACUCGCCGACGAGGAAUUUCGGCGUCAACCUCACCCUAGUCGAGGACCCGACCAGGCCGGUGAUCCACGACGCCCAGGGAAGGGAGGUCACCGGGGUAGGAGGUCCCUUCCUCGAGGGUUACGAUCUCUUCUUGGCCUGUCAAGUGUCCGGUGGAAGACCCAGACCGACGGUGACCUGGUGGAAGGAUGGCGAACUCUUGGACGGAGUUGUCGACUCCUCCAUCGUCGCCGGGUCGUCCAAUAAGUUCACGGUCAACCACCUCUUCGUGGACAAGGUUACCAGGUCACUGUGGGGCACCAAACUCGAGUGCAGGGCCCAGGCUGGACUCAAGGGACGAGUCAUCGUCAGGGAAGUCCCACUGGACGUCUACCUCAAACCAGCAGUGGUGAAGAUCGUCCUGAGCGACGAGCAGAUCUACGAGGGUCGCCCCGUGACCGCCAGGUGCGAGACCUGGGGCAGCUCACCUGCCGCCAGGAUAGUCUGGAGACUGGGAGGCGAGGUCCUGAGGGAGCCGGGAAUAUCCACCACCCAGAGGAGCAACUCCACGCUGAGCAAAGUGCUUCUGGUCCUUGGCAGGGACGACGACGGCAAGGAGCUCGUUUGCAGAGCCGAGAACCCGAGGUUUCCUGGAGGCGUCCUCGAGGAGACCAGGACUCUCCACGUGGCAUACUCACCUGUCGUGGCGACUCACCUGGCUACUGGUUACAGUUUCGAGACUCUUCAGGAAGGCGACGACCUGAAGCUGGUCUGCGAUGUCCAGAGCAACCCUUCUCCGACGAGCAUCCUCUGGUUCCACGACGACGUCCCUCUGAACCACGACGUCGCGACCGGCACGUUGAUCGCGUCCAACACCCUGACACUCAGAGUCCUGACCCUGGACCACUCUGGGGAGUACACCUGUCUGGCGGCGAAUCCUGUGGGAGAGACGAAGAGCUCGCCGUUGCUCGUGCACAUGAAAUAUGCUCCAAGGUGUAGAGAGGGCCACGAGAGGCAGGAAAUAUCAGUGGUGAGACACCAAAGCGUGAUUCUACGCUGCGAGGUCGACGCCGUGCCGAGCGACUCGGUCAGGUUCUCCUGGACCUUCAACGGGACCCUCGGCGACGUCCUGCCUAUGCAGAACUCGAGAUCGCAGGGUCGAGGCUUGACGAGCACCCUCGAGUACACCCCGGGUGCCGAGGCGGACUUCGGCACCGUGGCCUGCUGGGCGAGCAACAACGUCGGUCGCCAGAGUGCUCCCUGCAUCUUUAACGUGCUGCCAGCAAAGCCACCCCAGACACCCCUGGACUGUUCGCUGCACAACGAGAGCAGCGCUCUCGAGGUGAAUUGUAUCCCAGGAUCGGACGGUGGACUUCCUCAGCACUUCCUGUUGGAAGUGCGAGGCUCUCUGGUGCACUCGGGGAUCCUGCAAGUGCCGCAAAGCGACCAGGCUGCGGCGGGGGAGGCGCCUCCCAUCUACCAAGAGAGGAACCCCAGGCCGAUUUUUCAAUUACACGACCUGGAGCCAGGAUUCGACUACACGGUCAUCGUCUACGCGGUCAAUGGUCGUGGAAGAAGCGAGCCCUUCUUCUUGGAGAAGGUCAGGGUCGCCGAGUCGAUCGGCAGGAAGUUGGAGCGCGGCGGCGUCUUCCUGGAGGACCUGAAGAAAGUCAUACCCAAAGCCGCUUCGGAGAACAUGAUCAUCGUCAUGGCGUUGAUCGGUGCAGCAGGGUUGAUGCUGAUGGGCAUCGGAGUGGUGAUCGGACUAGCGAUCUGCAGGAAACGAAACAGCCCUCCAACCCACGAAGGUCCCGACGAUUUCACCACCCCCACGUACGUUCCUGCCCAGAGGGUGGAGCCGAAAGUCAGAUACACUUCCGAACGGAGGAGGUCGCAGCGCACGAGCCUCUACGUGGAGGAAAAUCGAAACGAGCCGGACCUGCUGCAGCAGGUGGAGCUGGAGCUGCAGAAUUAAUUCCCGAAAAUGGAGACCCCUUCUUCGUGGAGGGAGCCAGCAAAGAAGUACCUUGAACGCGGAGGCCAUGCGGCCCUCGCAACAUCCAGAAAUAAAUCUAAGUAAUUUUAAGUAACUCUAAGUAAAUGUAAAUGUUAAGUAUAUCCGUAGAAUGCCAUGUAAAUAAGUAAACGUGAAGGGAGGCAGAAGAUCGCGGACAAAGGAGGAGACAUAUACAAGAAUUUCGAGAUGAUCCGGCGGAGGUACCCUCUGUAGGUACCUAUCGAUCUACUUUGGGAAAGGCUCGUUUCCGGGUCUCCUCGAGGAGAUUCCGUCUCCUCCCGUCGUCUAUCUCGAGGGGAGAGAUCAUCGGCAACCUGCAGCAUCCCCUCGAAGCCGGGGACAAAAUAUUGAUCCUCCUUUUCUGCAGCUUCAGACCCGGCGAGCGCGCCUGGCGAGCGACGCCUCUGCGUUUAUUGUUAGUUUUAAUUAAAUCGCGGGGACGAAGUUACGCGGUUUAUCGGGGCGGCGUUGUAAAGCAGAGUGUACAGUUAUUUUUCCAGAGAAGAGACAAAUGGGUCAGGUAUUUUCCAAUAGUUCAGUAGCUACCUCGCUUCGACGUGCGGCGCUUCAAAGGGCGAGCGGACAUUAUCGGACGCGUAUACCAAAAACGGGGUGUACCGAUCCCCAUGUAAACCUAAUUAGCCUUUGUCGCCGAUAUCGCGGGCUUUAUUUGCGGAAUCCAUGUAUCCUCACGUGCGAUUAUUCCCGUGCAACGCUCUUUCUGUCUUUGAAACGCGCCGGAGUGCAUUCUCGGCGCCAUCGGUGCAGCACACAAAGCCACUUCCUCCGCGCAGCGUGGAGGUCGCUGUCGGGGGUGUUCAAAACGGCAAAUAUCGUAAACUUUCAAGCACGACGUCCCAUCCUGGGAUUCAGGAGAUCCUGGGGAUCCUGGAUCCUGUGAAUUGCGAACUAUUUGUUCGUUUCGACCGGAUCGUCGAAUUAAAUUAUUCCUUAUGAGCACCGGGCGCGGAGCUAAUUUUGAGCAGGCCGACAGAGCCUGGGAAUUACGAUUUCGAGGACAUCAAUUAUGGCGAAAUCCUGGAAAUGGAGCGAUCGGGGUAAUGCAGUCGGUGCACUCGGUGCACUCCUGCU